AGAGGGACGACUCGUGAUUUGGCAGUAAAACUUAAACAGACAAAGCCAUCAAUAUUUGGCCUCCUGACAUGUUUCGGCGCCAUUCACGACGAGAAGAAGAAUGAAAUCAAUCUCGUCUUCCGAAUACCGGAAGACAUGUCCAAUCCGGAAACUCUACGUGCAAAGAUAAUGGCAGGAAACACAAGACAUUCCCUGUCAGAACGGUUCCGAUUAGCUGCUCAACUGGCACGAGCCGUCUGCUCCAUCCAUACCUUCGGAAUGGUUCAUAAGAGCAUUAGGCCCGAGAACAUCAUCGUGUUUCGGGAUCAAGAAUCAGCACUAGGGUCGGCAUUCCUUCUUGGCUUUGAAAGAGUUCGCCCAGAAGAAGGUCGAACACGGCUAACAGGAGAUGCCGAUUGGGAGAAGAAUCUUUACCGGCAUCCGCAGCGCCAAGGACCGAAACUCCAGGAUCCUUAUAUCAUGCAGCAUGAUAUUUACAGUCUCGGGGUCUGCUUGUUGGAGAUCGGGCUCUGGAGUUCUUUCGUGGAAUAUGUCAACCCAGCCUCUGGCCCAGCUAUGUCACACAGUUACAGGUUUGACGGUGCAGGGCGUAAUAAUACUGAGCGUUCAGAAGCUGUCAAGAUACAGCUGCUUGCGAUAGCCAGAGAUAGCCUGCCAGAGAAGAUGGGGACGAAGUAUUCCAGGGUUGUCAAAACAUGUCUCACUUGCUUGGACGCAGGAAAUGAAGACUUUAGUAAUGAUUCGGAAUUUCAAGAUGAAGAUGGUGUCUUUGUCGCUAUCAAAUACAUUGAGAAGGUA